AUGGUUGGCUGGCGACCGUGGUGGCCCAAGCCGCGUCCGAAGCCUCACGACGCGGCGGAGGAUCUUAAUCCGGUGCUGCUUAUACCGGGGAUUGGAGGCUCUAUUCUUAACGCGGUUAGCGAAGACGGGAAGAAGAAGGAGCGGAUAUGGGUCCGACUUUACAACGCGGACCACGAGUUCCGCACAAAGCUUUGGUCCAAAUAUAACCCUAAAACAGGCAAGUCGGAGUCGCUGGACGACAAGUCGCACAUCGAGGUGCCGGACGACAAUCACGGGCUCUACAGCUGCGACAUCCUCGACCCCGAUGUCUCGGUACCGUUGGACGUGGUGUGCUACUACCACCACACCAUCGUCGAGAUGCGCAAGUGGGGCUUUAAGGACGGCGAAACGCUCUUCGGCUUCGGCUACGACUUUCGGCAAAGCAACCGGUCCGCCUCCCACACCGCGUUCUCGCUGCCGGAGACGCUGGACCGGCUGCGCGCGCGGCUGGAGGCGAUAGUGGCGGCGACCGGGCGGCGCGUGGACGUGGUGACGCACAGCAUGGGCGGGCUGCUCUUCAAGUCGCUCGUCGCGCUGCAUCCCGCCGACGCCAAGCGCCUCGUGCGCAAGUGGGUCUCCAUCGCCGCGCCCUUCCGAGGCGCGCCGGGGUUCAUAAUGGACACGCUGCUGACGGGGGUGGAGUUCCUCAAGGGCUGGCAGAAGUCGCUCUUCAUCUCCAAGUGGACCAUGCACCAACUCAUGGUGGAGUGCCCAUCGGUGUACGAGCUCAUGGCGGAUUACGACUUCCACUGGGGCGGCCAGAAGCCCGAGCUGCGCAUCGUGCGCCGCCAGCCCGACACCAAGGCGCAUGGGGAGAGGGACGUGUGUGGCGGAGCAGAAGCGGAGUCGGAUAGUGAGAGCGAGAGUGGGAGCGAGAGAGACAGCAGCAUCGGCAGCAGCAGUGGGAGUGGCGGCGACAGCGAGGCGUGCAGUGGGACAGAGUCCGUGGCAGGCGAUUGCACCCCGCGGAGGGCAGGGGGCGAGGGGGUGGUGGAGAGCGUGGUGGGCGAGGGCGUGGUGGAGCAGCGCUUCACUCGCCUGCCCGACAUCCUGGCUGCCAUGGACAGAGCACUGGAAGGCAAUAAGAUAGAGGUGAACGGGCGCACGGUGCCGCUGCCGUUCAACCGGGACAUCGUGAGGUGGGCGGACGAGACAAGGCGCAUCUGGGCCGGGGCGCGCCUCCCGCCGUCCAUUGACUUCUACACCGUCUAUGGCACCGGCCUCGACACGCCCUUCCACUCCCAGUAUGGGUCGCCCAAGGACCCGCUCAACGACCUGCCCGACAUCCUCCACUCCGAUGUGAGCCGCCCCUCCACAGCCCCCGACCACCCCUCUCCCGCCCCUCCACAGCCCCCGACCACCCCUCUCCCGCCCCUCCACAGCCCCCGACCACCCCUCUCCCGCCCCUGCUGCUCGCCCUCUCUCGCUCUCGCCUGUCUGUGCCGCUCUGCUUCGCCCACCUGCCUUGAAGUUUCACCCUCGUUCACCCGGUGUGCCGCCCCAUGCCUCCCACCCGCCAUGUGGCAGGCCACCUUUGACUGCGUGCACGGCGACGGCACCGUUCCCAUCGAGUCCGCCCUCGGGGACGGCUUCCCGGCGCGCUUCCGAGUGGGAGUGCCGGGAGCGGAGCACCGCGAGCUGCUGCGCCUGCCGCGCGUAUUCAGCCUGCUGCACUUCUUCCUGGAGGUCAAGGGCAAGGACCCCCUCUACGACCCCCUCUCCGACUUCGUCAUCAUCCCCCGCCCCCUGGGGGCUGCAGAGGAGGAGCAGGGGGAGAGCGAGGGGGAAGGGGAGGAAGAGGAGGAAGGUGGGAGUGGGGUGGGAUUGAUGUAUGGGGAGAAGGGGGGGGGUAUGGAUGGGAGGGAAGUGGGGGGUGAGAAGGGGGGGAGGGAAGUGGCGGUGAGAGUGGAGGUGCGGGGGCAGGCGGUGCGGGCGGUGGUGUGUGAGACAGAGGCAGGGAAGGGCACGGUGUCUCUGCGCUCACCACCACCCGCGUCACUUCCUCGUCGCGCACUGUCGCGGCGGCCCGGCAUGGAGGUGAAACGGUCGCAGCAGUGGAAGUACGUGCUACUGGCAGCGGUGGGGGGCGUGCUGGCGCUGCUGCGGCUGAUCAGUCCCGUGCAGGCCAGCUGCCUCGUCAUGCUCGCCUAUAUCCUCUCGCGCCGCCACUCCAACGAGAUCCAGCGCCAGUGGGAACGCGCGCAGGCCGCCAAGGAGGCGCAGCGGAGGGCGGAAGAGGAGGCCCUGGCGGCGCUUCCUGCGCGGAAGCGGAAGGCGAUUCAGCGCGCGCGGGCGAAAGAAGCGGCGAGCGCGGAACAGGCGGGGCAAGACGCAACGGAGGACAGCGACGAGGGUAGCGACCAAUAG